CUGUUUGAUUUAUGCUCACUAGGGGCUGCCCUCUCUCUGACCCAGGAGGGGCUUGUGUGGGAAGCUGGUUAGUGAGAUAGGCCUCUAGUGCUGUUCUGCAGAAUGUCUGGAGCCAGAGUGUUUGCAAAGAGCCUCUGAUAAAUAGGCAAAAAGGCCCUGCUUACUCCAGCUGGACUUCGGUGACUCUCAAAGCACACUAUAUCUUCACGUAACCAUUCGAGGAGGAAGGGACAUUCUGAGCUCUGUUCCUCUAAAGGAUUUUUCUUUACGUUUGAACAAUAAAAAGUGACUGAAUGAGACACUGGGCAGGGUCAGAGGUCAACAUGGCAGGACACAGCCACUUAGCUCUCUCAGAUGGAUACUGCCUUGGAGAACCACCCCAGCUUUAUGAGGUUCUGACGGAGCAGAUUGGCUAUCCUCUCCAAGACCCAGAGUUGCAGAUGACUCCAUAUGGCCAGUAUCCUAGUAUGCAAUUCUCUCCAAUGCCACCACCCCAACCCCCACAAGCUCACUAUUCUGCUCACAAUUACUACCCUCAGUAUUCUCCAGAAGGACACUAUUCGCCUGGUGCAUAUGAAUUGAGCAAACCACAGUGCCUGCUUCCGAAUGAUGCUGAUGACGGGAUACCUAUAGUUAAAAAGCCCAGACUGAAUCAUUCGUCUCUGAGAAUAAAAGGGGAGGAAGAGCUCUGUGUGGUGUGUGGUGAUAAAGCCUCCGGGUAUCACUAUAAUGCGCUUACCUGCGAAGGAUGCAAAGGAUUUUUCCGCCGGAGCAUCACCAAGAAUGCUGUGUAUAAGUGCAAGAGCGGUGGGAACUGUGAGAUGGACAUGUAUAUGCGAAGGAAGUGUCAGGAAUGCCGGCUGAACAAGUGCAAGGCGGUGGGAAUGCUGGCGGAGUGCUUACUGACGGAAAUCCAGUGUAAAUCUAAACGACUGCGUAAAAACACAAAGCAGGGAAUGGACCUGCUCUGCAGCAUAAAGAUGGAGGAAGAUGGACCUGAUAGCAAACAAGUCUCAUCCACAACCAGAGCUGGAAGGAUCCAAGAGAGAGUGGAGUUCACAGCAGAGCAGCAACAACUCCUCGAUUACAUAGUAGAAGCUCAUCGCAAAUAUCGAAUUCCCCAAGAAGCAGCAAGAACAUUUCUGCUGGAACUGGCAAACCCCGAGGAGAGUUUUCUCCGGCUCUCCGAGACUGCUACACUCCACGUUGAGGUACUCGUGGAAUUUACUAAACGUUUGCCAGGAUUCCAGACAUUAGAUCAUGAAGACCAGAUUGCAUUGCUGAAAGGUUCCACUGUGGAAGCCAUGUUUCUACGGUCAGCACAGCUGUACAACCAGCGCUUCACACCGAGUCCUCUCCGACUUGGUCAUGACAGUGAUCACUAUUCAUCGAUCUUGGAGUGCUGUCACAGCCAAUGUUUUGAAGAUCAUUCUGGGACAGUAAUGAUGGACCCAUCUCAUAUGGAUGAAGUAUCAAUUAUAGUUCCAAAUCCCACAUUAGGUGUAGCUGAAGAAUUCAUAACACCAAUGUUUGAUUUCUAUAGAAGUAUGGGGGAGCUGAACGUGACAGAUUCUGAAUAUGCCAUACUUUCUGCAACUACGAUUCUUUUCUCAGAUCGUCCCUAUGUAAAGAAUAAAGUCCACGUAGAAAGGCUGCAGGAGCCUCUUUUGGAGAUUUUAUACAAGUACUCCAAGAUUCAUCACCCAGAGAGUCCACAGCACUUUGCUCGACUGCUGGGUCGACUUACGCAGCUCAGAACCCUCAAUCAUAACCAUUCAGAGGUGCUGAUGUCAUGGAAGAUGAAAGAUCAGAAACUUACACCCUUGCUCUGUGAGAUAUGGGAUGUACAGUGAACAAUUCUGGGAGAUCUUUGGCAGAAAUCAUAAGGCUGGUCACUCCAGCUGCUUGCCAGGGUUAUCUUUCGCCAUUACAAAACUGCAGAGGAUAUGGUGGAAGACCUCACCUUUGAGGCAACUAUGCCAAAAUAUAUUUUGGCCAAAUCAGUUUUUAUAGUAGUCACUACAUUAAUGGGGGAGGUUGCUUUUACACUUAACGCUAACUACCAUCUUGAUCACUUUAGCUUAUUAUAUUAAUAAACAGUUCUUAUUUCAAAGUUUGUCAUCAUCUACUUGGUUAUUAAAUUUUCACAAUGCAAUGUUUGCAAGACUGUCAUCAAUUAAAAAAUCUUUGUCAUUCAGAGUUUGUAUAUUUCCUUUGAAAGUCAACAGGACUACAGAGCUUGCUAGCAAAAUGUAUCUGGGAUGUCACUUGCAAAAAGUGCCCAGGACCUGUUUUUGCACAUUUACAUUUCAAUAUCUUUUAUUUGCCAAUUCUCACAUAAUCUUUUUAAUUUUAGCAUAAUUUCACAUAAAACAUUGUCACAUUUGAGAAUAAAAUAUUAAAAUGACAAAAGUUAAUACAUCAGUUCAAAUAAUAAAUCUACUAUUCAUGAUUAUUUUUCAGAAUGAAAUGCAGUGUAACAUAGGAAUGGUAAAAUGAAUAUCCAAUAAACUAUUACAUUACUUGUUGUUUAUGAAUCAUUAUUGAAACCAGUGGCCAAAGGACUUUACAGCUUAUCACCUUGGGUAGCCAAUUAAAAGAAAAUUUAUACUAAUGAUAAUAUA